CUUUUGGCCGUCGGUUGAGACCAAAUGUUGCCAUGCCCACGCGCGCAGAGUUGGCAACCCAGGCUUGUGACAUCUGCCGGAAGCGCAAGGUCAAAUGCAAUGUGACUUCGUCAUCGACCGAUGUCCCUUCCAGAUGUGGGCGCUGCGCUAGAUUGGACCUGCCAUGCACCUUUCUGUCUCCAUCCCGGACGCGAGGCCCGAAGAAACGCUCACGUACAGGAUCUCCGGCACAAGAACAGCCAGAUUGGGGGACGGGGCCCAGCCGGGCUUCUGGUGCCGUCAAUUAUCCCACGGAUGAUGUAUGCGAUCGGCGCAUGUUUUCCUGCAUCAUGCAGGACUAUUUGGACUACCUGUAUCCCUUGAUUCCAAUCGUACAUCGUCCGUCUUUCCAACAGUCCUUGCAGCAGGACCGGGAUCGUGAGGACAGCGGAUUCCUCGGGCUCGUCACCGCCAUCGCUGCGGUGGUUAUCGCCACUAUGCCUAGCAGAUUUCAUUUCUAUCGAUCUGCGACCCCGCCGUUAAGAUUUACGUCGCGCAGGGACAUGGUCCGUCAUUGCUAUGACAAAAUCCUGCGGCUGAGGGACUCGACCUACUUUGACCACAUCAACUUCCAGAAGUUUGCCAUCUCAUACUUGCUGUAUGCUGCCUUUCGGCAGUUGGGUGAUCAUAACUGGUCCCGCAUGCUAGAUGUGGAGGCAACACAAAUUGCUCGCUUGCUAAACCUUCAUCGAAUCUCUGAAUAUGAUGGACUUAACUGCAUUGAGACUCAACUGCGGAAAAAGGGCUUCUGGUUGAUCUUCUACGGAUUUGUUCAUAAUCAAUUGCAGAACGUGCUAGGAGAGCGGUUGUCGUAUCUUGACCCCAUCGUUCUCCAUUCCAUUAACCCGGAAGAUCUCAUGCCACUCGAAGUCGAUGACGAAAUGAUCUUCGAGAACGAGGUGCUCAUGCCACCGUCCCAUACUCCAUGCCUGGUAACGGGGUUUAUCCUCCAUUCCAGGGUUUUCUGGGCUGCGAUUAGGAGCACCUGUCCAGAAUCACCGGCUGAGCCGUGCCCCUGUGUGAGGGCCCGCGAUGCAGCCGUGCAGGUUGCUUACAUCCAGGAUCGUCUUCAUAGUCUACGGUUUUUACUGGAGGAUAUCCCCCCUCUCCUCCGGCCAUGGCAGCCACCAGAUAGCCAGGCUAUCUCCCAUGAAGGUGGCAGCACUGGUGUUACGGAGAUGACGCAGUCACACUUUGCUUCUAUGCGAGCAAAUUUACAUGUCACGCACCUGUGGCUACAAAGCUUGCUUGUUGAUCAGUUGGAGGCGGCGCAGGCGCACAAAUUAGAGCCGUCACUAGUUUCUACCAACCACGUACAACCAAUGAUUGACGCAAAAGCGUUGUGGCUCCAGAGGGAGGGCCUUUGUCGUCAACUAUUCUGCAUCCUAUACAGCCUGCCCCAGAUCAACUUGGAAGCGAACGGUCUACAUUUGGCGUACAAAGUGCGUGAUAUUGCGGCGGGCCUGCUGGUAUGCCCAUUUCAUCCCGCCGGCCCGGAAGCGGAGCGAGCAACCGAGUAUCUACGACAAUCGACCGACAUCUUGUCCCGCCUGGACAGCAGCGAAGGCAUGGUCACGAUGCAUCUGCAGACUUGGAUAGAUACAGAUCGAAUCAAAAGUAGUUAA